AUGAGAACGACGUUAUAUCAAAAGAAGGUCAAUAUCAGGGCUGAUUACUUCAAAUUGAUAGGGGCUGGAUUGAAAGAUAUAAACGAUCUCGAAUUAAAUGAAAAAAUUGUAACUCUUGAUCUAUCUGACAAUAAGUUGACUGAUUUUCUCGAUUUUCCUGAAAAUUCUAACAUAGAAACACUUAUUUUAGAUAGAAAUCCACUUCUCAGCUUUAAAGGAUUUCCGAAAAUGGAAAAACUCACAAAUUUAUCAUUAUUCGAAACACCACUUGCAAAACUAUCCAAUUUUCGCGCUUUAGCUUACAUUGCCGCAGGACCUCAACUUAAGAUUCUUAACGGCACAGAAAUAACAAAAGCAGACAUAUCAAACGCUCAUACUUACGGAGACCCACAAUAUACGAUAAACCUUGUUACACAAGGAUGGCUUCCUAAGCGUCCUUCCUAUACAAACGAUAUGAAACCUAUUUCAAUUCGCGAAGAAACAGGAAAAUCAAAGAAAAAGACUCCAGCUAAACAAAAUACUCCAACUACUAAGAAAUCACUUGUUGCUCGUGCUACAAUGAAGAAAGAGGAAACAUUCAAGAAGCAAAAAGAGCAAGUUGAUGGAAAUCAAUUAACACGUAUGCUAAACAUCCUUGAUUCACAAAAGAAUGACCCAUUAUCCGUCAGAGCAGUCAGAAUAUUACGAUCCAUCGGUGUUCCACGUGAUGAAAUCAAGCAAUUCCUUAAAAAUUAUUUUUCACCUGUAGUUCAUCAAAAGAAGCAGCCAAAAGUCAAGAAACCACAAGUAGAUCCUAACAGUUUAGAAGGUCAAAUUGAGAAACAAAAGGAAACAAUUCACCUUCUUGCAACUCAAUUAUGUACAAUCAGAUCUCAGAACAGAAACUUUGUUAUGUACGAAGAAAUGAUUAACGAAAUUGCAGGACCACUCUUUGAAAACGCUAGAAUUGUCGAAGAAGAACUCGCACGCGAUGAAAAAGGUUUAACUGAAUCUUAUAUCUCACAACAAAGGAAUAAUACAUCGAUACAGCCACAGAUCCAACAGGUAGAUCAAAGAAUGGAUCAACCAAAGGAUCUUUAUGUCGAUUUGCGUAAAACUCUUAUUGAAUAUCUCAAAACUACACCAGAGAAGAACGAUAAUGAGUUAAUCGAGUUACUUAAUGACUUAGAUGAUGUUGAUGAGGAAGAAGAUAUCGAGGAAGAGGAAGGUUUUAAUGAAGAAGAAAUUAUUGCAGAAGAAGAAGAACCAGCAGAGGAAGUUAAUGCUGAUGAGGUAUUCCUAGCCGAAGAAGAAGAUAAUAUUGAAGCUGAAGAAGAGAAAAUUGAUGAAGAGGAAGAAAAAGAAUUUAAUGAAGAAGAUAUUUCACUAAAAAUUAAUGAACAAGAUAAAGUUGAGCCAGGUCCAGAAGAUAUUCCAAUAAAUGAAGAAGAAGAUCAUGAAGGAGAAGACUUAGAUCAAGAAAUUGUUGCUGAAGAGGAAGAUUUAGCUGAUGAGCCUGCUCCAGAACCUAUUCCUGAAGAAGAAGAGGAAGAAAAAUUCUUAGAAGAAGAGGUAGAUGAUGAAUUGUAUGAUUUGAUUACCCUCAAACCAAAAUCCAACUAA